CACUUCCUGCUCAGAUUUGAUUUGAGGAAGAAAGGAGGACGACGGGCAGGAUAAAGAAAAGAGUUUGAGAUACAUUCGUGUCGACUGACCAGAGUCCACGAAUUAGAUUGAAAAAAUGUCUGCAUACAGUUUUGGUAUAACCCCCAUCACUUGCCAUGCAUGGAAUGGGAAGGGCGAUGAGAUAGCAAUAUCCAAGAAUGAUCAUAACAUUGAAAUUUACAAGAAGACCUCAGGUGGUUAUGAUCAGACUGCUACCUUGUCUGAACACGGUCAGCGGGUCACAGGAAUAGACUGGGAACCCCAGCACAAUAGGAUUGUUACCAGUGGAGCUGAUAGAAAUGCCUAUGUUUGGGAGUUCCAGAGUGGGGCUUGGAAGCCAUGCCUGGUCAUUCUGAGGAUCAACCGGGCAGCUUCUUGUGUCAAGUGGUCACCAAAUGGUGAUAAAUUUGCCGUGGGCAGUGGUUCCAGGCUGGUCUCCAUUUGUUACUUUGAGGAGGAGAACCAUUGGUGGGUCAGCAAGCACAUCAAGAAGCCCAUUAGGUCCACCAUCACCUGCUUGGACUGGCAUCCAAACAAUGUCCUGAUUGCUGCUGGAUCUUCUGAUUUUAAAGCAAGGAUUUUCUCUGCUUACAUAAAGGAGAUUGAAAGCAAACCCACAUCAACCUGCUGGGGAGCUAAGAUGCCUUUUGCCAACUGCAUGUUUGAGGUGUCCAAUGGAGGAGGUGGAUGGGUUCAAGAUGUCUCUUUCUCAGCCAGUGGAGAGUUGCUGGCCUUUGUUGGACAUGAUUCCAGCAUCAGUGUAGUGAAUGGAGCCAACAACCAGCAAUUAGCAGUUCUGAAGGGAGCCUUUUUGCCUAUGUUGAGUCUCACCUGGAUUGGACCUCACAGCAUUGUGGCAGCAGGACAUGACUGUGUCCCCAAGUUGUUCCGGUACAGCGAUGACGGAAAUGUGACCUUCGUCAGUGACCUUGACAUUCCUCAAGAGAAGGAAGCGGGAACUAUGAGUGCUAUGAACCGUUUCCGAAACUUGGACAAGAAGGCCACGGCAGACUCAUCCACUGAACUGAAAACCAAGCACCAAAAUACAAUCACGCAAGUGUCUAUUUACUCAGGUACUAAGGAUAACUGCAACAAGUUCUGUACAACAGGAAAGGACGGACAAAUGAUUAUUUGGGAUGUCAAGUCCUUGGAGAGCUCCAUUUCUGGCUUGAAAAUUUCUUAAAUAGUGAAACCACUGUCUUUCAAGGAUUUUUAGUCCUUUUUAUACUUCAUUACUUUUUAUGGACCAUGUAACCUUUAAUUCCCUGUGACAAUGCUUUGCUGAACAAUGUUCUUUUUCCUGAGCAGUUAUGAUUAAAAACCAGACCAGCACACAUAGAUCUAUGUGUUUUGUUUCAAUGUCUAUUUUUUAAUGGCUAAAUCACCUAUUUGAAUUUACACUAUGUACUCUUUUUCAAAUAAAAUAUGUACAUCCAUGAUGUAAAAUUA